AUGGUGAUGGUGAUCAUGGUAUGUGAUGGUGGUGAUCGUGGUGUGAUGGCGGCAGCUAUGACGACACCUGUGGUGACAGUAUUAAUGAUGGCAGUGGUGGUAAUAGCCCUUCCAACUUCUGUGCCUCUACCUCUAUUUGGCCGGUGCCCAUCCCCCGCGCCCCGCGCUCGAGCCGGGGUUAUAAUUGCCUCUCACCCCCCCGGAGGGGUUAUUUUGGGGGUGGUUGGAGGCGGCGGCGGCGACGAGGGGAGUUUCCUUGUGCCUCCAUUCCCGGGAGGCGGGGAGCGGCGUUGGAGGCCACCGUUUCCAGCACCAGCAUUGGAUGUUGAUUGGCAGAGCAACAACACCUUUGCUUCAUGUAGUACGGAUAUGUGCAUUCAUGUCUGUAAAUUAGGACAAGACAGACCUAUUAAAACAUUCCAGGGACAUACGAAUGAAGUAAAUGCUAUCAAAUGGGACCCAACUGGCAAUCUCCUGGCCUCCUGCUCUGAUGACAUGACUUUGAAGAUAUGGAGUAUGAAGCAAGACAAUUGUGUCCAUGAUUUGCAAGCACAAAAUAGAGAGAUUUAUACUAUCAAAUGGAGUCCAACUGGACCAGGGACGAAUAAUCCAAAUGCCAACCUUAUGUUAGCAAGUGCAUCCUUCGAUUCUACUGUUAGGUUAUGGGAUGUUGACAGAGGAAUUUGCAUACAUACUUUGACAAAACACCAAGAGCCUGUGUACAGCGUAGCUUUCAGUCCUGAUGGCAGGUAUCUGGCAAGUGGCUCUUUUGACAAAUGUGUACACAUCUGGAACACACAGACAGGUGCUCUAGUUCACAGCUAUAGGGGAACAGGUGGAAUUUUUGAAGUUUGCUGGAAUGCAGCAGGAGACAAAGUUGGAGCCAGUGCAUCAGAUGGUUCAGUUUGUGUAUUAGACCUUCGGAAAUAGCGCUACUAGUUGGAAGCCAUGGACCGACUAUGAAUGUGUACAUAGCCAAAAUGACUGUCCCUGACCCAUGUACUGCUAUAGUCCCACUUGAACCAUGGCCAGUCCACUACAGCCAAACCUAAAGGAAAUAUAUACAUACAGUGUAUAUAAACAAAAUUGCACCCUGAAGAUGACAGUUUUGUCACAGCUUGUGAAUUCUGUUCACCAAGUGCUGGAAUCUAAUCUGCUGUGCCCCUAAAAUAGCAUUUAGAAGUUUUGGAUAUGAAAAACAGAAGAGAGAAAUAUACAUUAUAAAAGCAGACCAUACAUGUACCAGUUUUUGGAUACUAAUGACAGCCUUGUUUCUCCCCUUGAAUCAGCAGACACCAUGGAUUAUAUUCUUUUUUCCCUUCAGUAGUGAGCAGUUUGUAUGUACAGAGAAAAUGGACUUACAAAAACUUGCAGCAGUAGUUUGUUCUUGCUUUUCAAUUUUGUUUUUGGUUUAGAUUAUGGAUGAAUGAAGUAAGGGAGUGAAUCAAUUUCUUGUUUAUAUUUUUUCACCUUUUAAACAACAAAAAAUUCUUAAAAAUAUUUUAAUGCAUUUUUUUUUGAAAAGGUAGAUGUUAGGUACAUUUUAUGCCUCCCAGAGCAUAUAUUCAAUUGGUGCAUAUCGUGGAAGGGGGAAUUGGAAAUCAAAUGAAAAUAUAUGACUUUGGUCUUGUCAAUCUGUAAGACACAUCAGUAAAAGGGUAUUAUGCUCUGUUUUUGUGGUGAUGUGGCUUAAAUAUAAUAGUUUCUUUUUUUGGGACAAAUUUCUGCCAAUUAAAAACUAGAAGGGCACAAAUUUUUUUUUGAUACCAUAGAGAAGAUACAUUUAAAAAAAUCUUCUGAUGUUUUGUAGCCAUAACUAAAAUAUGGUUAAAAUGUGCACUAUUGUGAAAAGGAGCAAAGUAGUUUUGGGGUUUUUUGUUGUUGUUUUGUUUAUUUGUUUGUUUUGCUUUGGUUUUUAAGAGAUUAAAAUGUUUCUGGAUAAGGAUUAGCUUCUCAAGUGUCCAUCAUUCUAUAUAGAAGCUUAAAUGUGUAAUGUAACCAAACCUCCAGUAUUAAAAAAAAAUCUCUCCUAUUAUUUUUCUUUAUACAAAGCAAGAUAACAGCAUAUAACACUGCCAUUACAUGGCAAAAUGUUUGCUACCUUAGUUUAAAAAUCAAUCUUUAAAACAAAAGACUUGCUUCAAGGUGUUUUUAAAAUAGCAGUGAUUCAGAAUUUAAAAAAAAAAAAAAGUAUAAUUGCACUAACUUCCCUGCUGCUCUCAUUCUGCAUUUGUGGUACUCGUGACUACAUAUUUUUCAAAUAUAGAUUUAAGCUGCUAGUUUUUGUUUUAAGAAGUCACUACUCUAUCAUGUCUUUUACUCUGUUCAUAACAUCAAAUAUUUUCUUAAAGAUAGGUAUCAAGUCAAACCUCCUCUUAUGCUCAUGAAACUAAAAGUAAAGUAUACAGACAAAUGAAAGCAUGGGGCCAUGUUAUAUGUGAGAACAGGGUUGGUCAUGAUUUAACAUAAUCCAGGAAUGUCAAUUUUGAAGAGUUGUCAAAUUUAUAUAUCAAAGAUUUUAAUUAAGGAAUUGCUUCUUGAGCUUAGCAAAUUUAUAACACUAUUUCUGUCACUAAUUAUUUUGAGACCUUUACUACUAAAAUUUUAAUCUGUGUUUUAAGUUUAAGUAGAAAUUGAUUUAACCCACGUAAUGCAGCUUUGAUUUUCAGCAUUUGUUGUUUUGCUAUUUCUACAAAACAACAUUGAUUGAAGCAAGUCUUGGUUUUACUAAGGUAGGGUAGCAUUUGCUAUUGGUAAAGAGAAUAAAUACACUUAAUUUCACAAUACAUUGUUAUAUGUACCCCAGUUGUUCUUAGUGGGGACUAUGAUACUGUAAUAAUAUUUUUUAAGACUUACAUCCAGAGAGGCAGUCAUUCAUGAUGGUUUUGUGCCAGCUGUUUUUAGGGUUUUGGAUCACAUUAGAGAUACCUAGAACUUAUUACCCUGUGACUUAUGUAGGAAACCUAAUAUGCUGAGUAUCUGGCACUUGAAAUCCUGCUUUUAUU